GAAGAAACUAUAUAUACAAAAGUUCAAACAGCUAAAAAUCCCGUCAUUAAAAACUUUACCUCCAAUUUAAUGCGCAACAAAAACUGAAAAUACAAAAAAAAAAAUAAUACUGCAAAAGGAAAAAUACUGUAAAAAAUCUAUCCUUCUCCAGUUAGCUGCUUUUGUGCACCUAUUCGCGAUUUCUCUCUUAUCAGCAGCGCUGAGCAAACUAAUUGAAUGAAGCUAAUUUCCAAAAUGUGCACAAAAACCCAACUAAAAUAAUCUCUAAGUUGUAUAGAAGAUAAAAACAAAAUACUUCAUAAUCACAACAAUAAAUUUCAAAACAAAACAAAAGCAAGCUAAAAUAAAAAAAAUAUCAACAGAAGCAAAAACAAAAACUCUCGCGCAAAAAUUGACAACAUGACAGAGAACAAGGAUAAAACUGCCACUGCUGGCACCGGUGGAACCGGUGCUAUUAGUAAGCGUAGAGACAGCAGUGCUGACGAGAAUGGCACAGAAAUUACGCAAGACCAACAAACCACAGCCGUCGGCUGCGAUAGCACAAAGCCGAAGGAUAAGAAAAAUGACAGCGAAACGACAGUCGCCGUGGCGGAUACGCAACAUGAAAGGGAAAAGGAUAAAGAGGCGGCAACAACGCACGACAGGACCACUCACAAGGAUGAAUUUGGCACACAAAAAGUUUACAAAAAGACUUCACCAAAUUGUGUGCUCACUCUCUACUUGCCCUCACGUGAGAUCACACUCUCCGGCAAUAAUCCAGCCAUAUUGCGUGGCAUAAUCUUUGUGGAUCCAAAGGCUAUACAGGGAUAUAGAGUUUAUGCUCAAUUGACGUUAACAUUUCGCUUUGGUCGCGAGGAUGAAGAGGUUAUGGGCUUACGUUUCUGUAAUGAGGCCAUCAUGUCGCUACAUCAAGUGUGGCCGCGUAAGGAGGAGCCAACGCGUGAGUCACUCAGUCCAUUGCAGGAAGCUUUGGUAAAACGUCUUGGCGACGGCGCACACCCCUUCACGCUCACGUUAACCCCACAAGCGCCACCAAGCGUGCAUUUAGUGCCCGCAAAACGUUACUAUGGCGCGCCAAUCGGCACCAGCUAUGAUGUGCGCUGCUUUAUUGCUGAUAAGACAGAUGAGAAAUUCCACAGACGCGCCACAGUACAGAUGGGCGUACGCGUCAUCUAUCGCACCGAUGUGUAUCAUCAAUCGAUUGGACCGGAGAAUUUCACAGCGCUCAUCAAUAACCAAGGCGCUUCACCGCCACUAACUGCAGCGCUAACCUCACCACCAUCGUCGAGUGGCGCUCAAAACGAUAAUUCAACAUCGGCUGCAUCGGCGCAGCUACUGGGCAGCAGCAUUAGCGCUGAUAGUAAUGCUAGUUUUGAUGGUCCGUGUUGUAGCGGUGCGGGUGCCACCGCCGCUCUACCCAGUAGUGGUGAACGCUCACCAGCGGCAGCGGUACAAAGUCAUGUUAAGCCACGUAAAUCGGAGCGCGGUGACUCGUUUCCUAAGCUUCGUCUGUCGCCGAAGACUUUCCGUUUUAGUGGUCGCUUUGGGCGUAGCAAAAGUGAGAUUGAGAAGUGUCCCAGUGAUCCAUUUAACAACUAUAGUAAAUCAUUUCAGGAGUACGAUUGCACUGCUAUUGCCGGUGGCAUUGGUGCUGUCGGCAUUAGUGGUAUUAGCGGUGGAGGUGGUGGCAGUGGCAUUGCAAUAGCUCCGCAUGCCGCUUCGCCCGGCGGUGUUGGUUGUGUGGUUGGCGGUUCUACGGCGCCCACAAUGGGCGGACCACAAGGUGCGGUGGACAAGCCAUUCCUCUUGCAAGACGGACGUGUCGGCUUGCGCGCGAGCCUCGAUAAAGCUUGGUAUACGCAUGGCGAGGAUGUCUGUGUGACGGUGAACAUCAAGAAUGAUAGCCGCAAGACGGUGCGGAAAAUGCGGGUUAGUGCCAUCCAACAUGUCGACGUCUGCAUGUUCAGCAAUGGUAAAUUCAAAAAUAUUGUCGCCGACUCCGAUACCAGCUCGCCCGUAGACCGCAUUGUACCGCCCGGUAGCACAUUGAAUACGACAGUAAUACUCAAACCGAAGCGUGGAAAGACGAAAAAUUGGAUUGCACUCGAAGAUCCAUUGCAACGCAGCACCGAACCGGAUGAGGUACCCAGCAUACUCGCCGCCUCAGCGGUGAAUUCACCAAAUGUAAUACCGGUACAAGGCCAAUUAAUGAACCCCACCAACAGCAGCAUUGUGGGUAUACCGCAACAGAAUGGUUAUCAUGGGCACGGCAUGUCAGGUGUUGUGGGCGAUGAUCGCAAUAUCUUCGCGAUCUAUGUCUCCUACUAUGUAAAGGUAAAGUUGUCCUUAAGCCCAAUGGGUGGUGAGCUCUCGCUAAAGUUGCCCUUUGUAUUGGUACAUGUGGAGGUACCACCGCGUCUGGAGCCGCUCGCACUAGAUGCAGUGCCAGUUGGUAAAAGAAAUUGCACUAAAGCCAGAAGUGAGACGCUUUCACGUACAAUUACACCACGCAAAGAUGAUAACGGCAGACUUGGUGUGCAUGCGCAACAACUCGAUCGCAUCGAAUCGGUGGAUGAUGAGUCGGUGCGCUUACCAAUACCAGAGGCAACCAAUGCGGCUGGUGCAGUGAGCAACAAACGCAGGCUGGUGCGCAGCGAAACGCUUGCCAAAGAUUUGGAUGAAGAAAUCGAAGAGCAGGCCGAAGUGGCGGCUGAAAAGAGUAUACCAAUUACCGUGGCGUGUGCGCCGACGCGCGAAGCUGGUGGGUUAGAACAAAUCCAUGUCGUACAAAUACAUUCGAAUGCUUUGGAGAAUAAAGAAACUGAGUUCGAGAAAGAUAAACAGCGCCAGACGCUUGAAGUCGCCGAGACGAAGAUGCACAAAGACUUGGUAGAACCGCAGUUGGAAGUUGACAUACAGCGACUGUCACUAGAAGAAUCCGUGGGUGACGAAGCAGCAACUGAGCGAUUUGAGAAAACUACACAGGACUCGAGCUCACUGAGAGAGACGCCCAAUCACAGUGUUGGCAGUCCACAGGCGUCUCAAGUGUGAUUCAAAUUUUUACGUGGCAUUUUUCACAAGAAACACAAAGCAAAGUUCCUCGAAGUGAAAUAGACACGAGAACGAAAAAGAAACAUAAUUGCAGCCAAAGAAGUAGAAAAUAAGUUUUGUUAUUAAGGAAACGAGUGGUUUAAGAAGUGAGCUCGGUUAAGUUCAUCGAGCGCACGAAGUAAGGAGUUAUCUAACCCUGAACCUGGGAUAUGGUUUGAAGUGGUGUGAUUAUGUUCCUAAGGUUUCAACUUUUCCCGAACUCCCUUCAAUGUUGGUAGUUUUAGAGCAUAAUAAAUUAAUUAUAAUUGAAAAAAAUGUUCGCUUAAUUUUAAUAAGAAUUUGUAAAUACUAGAGAUUUAAGUAUCUGUAUGUAAACUUAAUUUUUACCAAUUUUUUAUUAUUAUUUUUUUAUUAUUUGUUUUUAAGAUUACCAACUAAACAGAGCUUGGAGAAACGU